AUGGUGAUGACACCGGACGACGAUGGAAUUGUGUCCGCAAAUGGCGAUGUCGUCGCGUUCAAGAACUGGCUGGCAGAGAAUGGAGCAGAAUUUCAUCCACAUGCAGCAUUUAGGACUGAACGCUCUGGAUAUUCUGUGAUCGCAAGCCAGGACCUACGCUCUGAUACGACGGUUGUAUCCUGCCCCUUCUCCUUGGCCAUUACUCCAGAGGUCUCCAAAAAUGCGUUGACGACGUUGCUUGGCCCCACGUUCACUGGCCAAAGCUGGUCUGAAAGACAGCUCAUUUGCUCCUACAUAUGCAUGCACUGGAUUCUAGAUCCCUCAGCUUCUUCUGAGCUGGCCCACUGGCCAUACAUCCGAAUGCUCCCAGCACCAGACAAACUCCGCACACCUCUGCAUUUCUCCGAUACAGAGCUAGAGGCACUGAAGGGAUCCAACUUGUAUGGUGCAACCUUGGAUCGGCGGAGAGAUUGGCAGUCUGAGUGGGAGCAGUGUCAGAAGACGAUCGCAACGGUUGACCUAACGUGGGGUGAACAAUUCAGUUGGGAACGAUAUCUAUCCGCGUCAACCUACUUGUCCUCUCGUGCCUUCCCGUCUAUGGUCCUCUCUCCCAACCCGUCUCUCGUAUCGACGGAGGAAUCAUAUCCGGUUCUCCUUCCUGGCAUUGACUCCCUCAAUCAUUCAAGAGGCCAGCCGGUGUCAUGGGUUGUCUCUAUCGGCACAUCCUCUGACGUGAAUCGAAUCUCGUUGGUCCUUCACAAGAGUACACCAGCCGGCUCCGAGCUGCUGAACAAUUAUGGUCCUAAACCAAACGCCGAGCUCAUUCUAGGAUACGGCUUCUCUCUUCCAGAGAACCCUGACGACACUAUAGUCCUCAAAAUUGGCGGCAACUCAGCGUCAGGCUUACAGCAGCAGAAGUGGGAAGUGGGCCGGAAUGCGCAAGGCGCAGGGCCAAUGUGGCGCGCGAUACUGACUGCGGUCAGCGAUGACCCGGAGGAACAGACGAUCGACGACGAAUUAGACGCAUCCGAAGUGCUCGCGGAGAUGGCGCAGAAUUUGCUAGAUCGUCUCCCGAUUGCCAACCCGCCUGAAGAUCGAAUACGUCCGGAAGUCCUACUCAUGUUAGAGCACUACUUAGAAGGACAGCGAGCUAUACUGCAAUCACUCAUUCAAUUCGCUCGAGACAAGGAAAGUGCUGCAAUCAAGUUGGCGCAAGAGCAGGGGUUGCAGACUGUUGAGGAAGAUGAAAAUGAAGAUAUGUAG